CCCAGGACUCCGGAACCUUCUGCGCCUGGUGACGAAGCACAGCAACCAUCCGCACCGCGACCGCGCUUGAGGCUGAAAAGGCGUAAUGUGUCGACGCACCUCAAUGCGCCCACCCAGCAGUUUCUCGCGUCAGUUGCGGCCGCUGAUGUUCCGAUCCCGAGUGUGGAGGAACCCAGCAUCGCGGACGAGGACAUGAUUGAUACUUUCCCGGAGAUUCACUUGCAGGACUAUGAUGGCAUGGAUAUGUAUCAGCACCUCCGCGCGCGCCAUUUCUCACCUCCCAAGACUCCGGCUGUCGACCUUGGCUCAUCACUAUCCACGACCAAAUACCCAAAUUGGUCCAUUGACUCAUGGAGCGACUCUGACAUGGAGUCCAGUCCCGAAUACGAGUCCAGCAGACCUUCUACGGCAUUUUCAACACAAACCAGUGCCUCUCUGUUCAGUCAAUAUUCACACGCCUCGGAUGACGGCGAUUGCGCGAGUCCGGAGUUGAAUGGCGGGGAUUUCUUCAAACCAGACUUUCGAAAUGACGAGGAACAUAUUCCCAGAGAAAAGACUAGAAGGGCACCAUGGACCAAGGCGAUGAAUACGCACCUAUGGUCGACAUACUUGCUGUAUUUGCAAGACCCCCGCGUCACGCCUGUACGUCUGGGAAAGAGCUGUAUACCGCCCGACGGUGUAUGUGCUCGCGUCGCGCGCGAGGCGAAGCGCAGUUGGAAAGGUGCGAAAGCGCCCACUGCCGGCAACAAAAGCGGAAGCUGCACGCCCACUGCGGAAAGCUCCAAACCAUUCGUGCAAUGGCCCCAUACGUGUGCUGCGACUCGAGCACAUCUUCGCGAACUCUGCAAGUUGAAAGCCAGCUCGAAAUCAGGACGGUCCGCAUACAUGUCUCAAAGCCCUACUCCCUUCAACAAUGCUGCUCAUCGCCGCUGGAACCGAAGGUCUACACCUGCGCGUUCCCCUUCGGUCUUUUCCGCCCAGGGCAUGGCCAUGUCUCUCACGCUCAGCACGUCGGAGGUUAUGCAGCCCCAGGGACCCUUGGCUCAACUCUCGCGUUCUCAGCCCGACCCUCCUCCCUUCCCAGACUUGUCGCCAUUGGCGCCAGAUUCAGAGACGGAUGCAUCGACUUUGGAAGACCUAAGUAGCUCGGAGUGUCCCCGACUUGGUUCUCCAUUCCUCGCACACAGCUAUGGCCCAAGUUCGUCUUCGUCGCUAGCAGCAGGCAUCAGUAUGCGCCGACACUCUCACACGGUCGGUCCUCGCAAGCUUUUGAAGUCACCAGUUCGUCUUACUCGAUCGCGAUCCGGAACGCACUCAGGAACACAGAAACGCAGGUCGAUCAAAGGACUUGAGGGUCAGCCUCGUAAACGCCCCAGCAUCGUGGCUGCUUUGUGGGGCCCCUCGGCAGAGGCCACUGAUGCCGGGGACAAUUCCCGAGCGGGUAUCGUCACCGAGGCUCAAUUCAGCUCUACCAACUCAGCUGCGAUAGAUAGUCUGUUUAUCCCGAGGACUGCCACUACUAUGGCAGAUCCAUUCAUCUCUCCUGGGCCCGAGGCCAAUGAUGCCGCCUUCCUAGCACCAGCCUCGCAGCCAGCCCGCCUAGGAUCGCCUUUCUCGGGUUCGAGCUCAAGCCACUCCUUUCCGAACAGACUGUCGCAAAGUACCAGUUUCAACUUGGCAGCACUGCGUCGACCAUUUGCAACAAUACAGCAGAGUACGGAGGCGAGCUUUGAGACGUCGCCAACUCGGUCAACCCUGGCUUCACGAUUGGUGUAUAUCGAUCAACGACUCAAACAGUUCAGAAACCGUGAAAGUAUUGGCCGCCGAUCUCAGUCGCCAUUGUGA